UGUCAUUCUCAUUGAAUUGUCAAUCUAAAAAUAAUAAAAUCCUUCCAACACCGCAUUUUAUAAAAUUUCAAGAACAUCUAACUUUUAAGAACAGGAUGUCGGACGUAAAGAUCGUCGCGGCGUCGAUCGUCAGCUUCCUAAAGCAACAACUCGAAGGUUCGGAACUGAGCGCUGACAGCCGCGAGAGCGUCGAAGUCGCCGUGCAAUGCAUAGAGACUUCGUUCGAGCUUGGGGCAGCCGAUUCGGCGCGUACUGUCGACCUGCUGGCGCUUGUGCGUAACACGAACAGCGCGGGCGGCUGCGCACCGGGGCCUGUCAGUGCAGCUACCAGCGCUGUCGCUGAGCAGCUUAAGAACGAGGGUAACGAGCUGAUGAAGGCGGAGAAGCACCGCGAGGCGCUGGAACGCUACUCGCGCGCCGUGGAGCUAGACCCCCGAAAUGCUGUGUAUUUCUGCAAUCGCGCUGCCGCUCACUUCAAGCUGGGUGAGCACGAGGCGGCAGUUGCCGACUGCACCGCGGCACUCGCACUGCAACCUGACUACAGCAAAGCGCACGGCCGUCUCGGACUUGCGUUGACCGCACUCGAGCGACAUCGUGAGGCGCGCCAGGCAUACGCGCGCGCUGCGCAACUUGAGCCAGACAACGAGUCGUACCGCCAAAACUUGCGUCUCGCUGACGAACGGCUCGCUGCGCGUGGCGAGCGUGGGCCCGUGGACCUAGGAGGGCUACUACAAAACCCUGCUUUGCUCAAUAUGGCUACAGAGAUGUUGGCGGAUCCCAACAUGCAGAAUCUUAUCUCGGGACUUAUGAGUGGCACACAACCGCAAGGAGGAGGAACAGGUGCAGCGGGUGCUGGUGGCAUGAGCGCAUUGUUGGAGGCAGGGCAAGCACUGGCUCAGCACAUGCAGGCAGCCAACCCCGAGCUGGUGGAGCAGCUGAGGCGCCAGGUGCGGCCUCCUGGGCCCACGCCACCUCAGUGAGCAACGUUACAAGCCUACACUUUGGGACUCUAACCUGUGUUUUGUCUCUCAUGGACGGAAUGUUGCUAGCUAUAUAAUCAUUUUACUCUCCAUUCCAAAUAAAUCUACAUAAAAGGAAAUUCUCUUGAAUUUAUUUAAAUUAAAUAAUAAAUUAUGAAAUUAUAUUUCAGUGAAAAUACAUGAAUGGUAUAUUUCCUAAUGUAAAUAUGCCGUUUUUCAAAUUAGCAGACAAAAUUUACAUAGAUUAAAGUCAUUGCACAUACAUGCUAUAACUUUAUACUUAUAAAUAAAUGCCUGGAAAAAUUAAAAUUUACUUGAGUAGUUUUGUUAAUUUCAGCAAAUGUACAUUUACCAUUGACUGAAUAUUAGAGGAUCAAUGACCAUUUGUAUAGAUUUAUUGGAACAAUCAUUAUUAAUCCAUUCAGUAUCCUGUUUGGUUAUAGAAUUAAGUUAUUCUUACAGUUAGUUUUCUUUAUGGGAUGUAGAUUUUCUUAUUUUAAUCAAAUUAUUUAUUUGGUAAACCUACUUGAUAUAUGUAUUUAUUUAUAAACAAAUUAUGAAUGUUUUUACAGUAUCCCUGUUCCGUUGUUUGCAAGUUGUGGAGAUAUUGGAACUGGAUCAUAAGUUUACCGGAUACAGGUAUUUUUGUAUGGGAACGAAACCGGUAUUUUUUCGUUCUUUGUUAAUUAUUGCAUUUCUAACGGGGCAAUCUAAUAAUACAAAGUCAUUACCUAAAAACAGAACUGAGUCCUACAUAUGGAGUAUAAAAUAAUUCGAAAUAUAUUCCGGUUCUGAUCCCUGCAUUUUAUGAUAUUGUCAUAUUUGAAAUAAAUUGUUCCAACCACAACUUAGCACAAUGGCAACGAAUAUUUCGUCUUAAAGCUUAUGGUCCUAGGGGUCCAGAUACCCUAACAUUAGUAACUAACAAAUUUGCAUUUUGUGUGUUACAUAAUUAUACUUUUUACUUACCUAAAUAAUAAUAUGUUGUACUUCACGUCACUAUUGCAUGGUGCUAUUUGUACUGUUGAAAACAUUCACAUGUACCAUACUAGUAAUAGACUCAUCUUUUAUCCAUGCAUUCAACUACAUUGGUAGUGAUAAGAUUUCAAAAUGUAUGCUGUGCAGCCCUGCCUGUAUGGUGCUGGCAAAUGUGUAAAUAAAAUACAGAUAUGUAUUGUAUAAAUGUGGACAAAGAUAUGUAUAGUCUGUGUAAAGUUGUGCAAACAAUUAGCCCAUAAAUACUGCAAAAAGUUUCAUUUGUUACAGUAACAACCUAUUUCGUUCACAUUAGUGUUUUUUCCAUGCAUGUGAUGAUUCUGUAAUGGGUCUCUAUUGUUUGACAUAAUUAUUGAAAGUCAUAAUGUAAUGAUUGUCAUAUUUAUCAUUAGUCAUAAUUUGGUUUUUCUCAGAAACGCGUAACUUUUCAGGAUUGCCAUAAAACAAACCUUAAUCUAACCUAUCUAUAGGAUAACCCAAGGAAAAUCCUGAAAAGUUAAUGGUUUCAGAAUUAUGACUAAUGAUAAAUAUGACAAUCAUAACAUUAUGACUUAUAAUAAUUAUGUCAAACAAAGGGACCCCUUCUGUAAUAAAAGGACCUUCAUGCACCUCACGCUAAGGUACAUUUUCCUAAAUAAUCGAACAUGAUAAAGCAAUAUUGCUUUAAUUUCGAUCAUCAUCAUCAAUAAUUGAUCAGCUUGUUUGCAUAAUGUUUUGGACGCUGACUAUACAUAUGCACAAUGUUACAGCCGCCGCGGGCGCCUCCACGCGACUAUUUCUAGCUAAGAUAUGAAAUUCGUUUUGUUAAUAAAUUUAUUUGAAAAA